ACACUGACGUAGUAUAUAUGAAGACGUAUCAACUUCAUGUUGUGUUUGUUUUGAAAGCAAUCGCAUCUCGUAACUAAUAGACGAAUGAUGAAGUGACGAAUAUUAAAUUCCUCGCGAAAGAAAUAGUUCAACGUUGUCUGUGUGUUUAAAAAGAUUAAACCGAUAUAUUCUCAUCAAGUAUAUUUUGGUUGUGAACGAUUUCAACGACUUGUGACAAAAACAGCAAACGAGCUCUUAUGUUAGUCCUUGGUUUAGUGGCCCUGGGCAACUUAGCAUAGCGAAGCGAGUUUUAUUAAAAUAGUAUAUUUGUAUAUAAGAUGAAAAUGGUAUUAAGUGCAAUAUACGUAAAUUUAUUGAUCAAUAUUUUGAGCUCAAUACUUUUAUUCAUUUCACAUUGUGCGAACUUUUAUGAUUUCAUACAAUUUAAUUACAUACAAACCACACAGCUGUUUUUUCGAGUUACGUCGUAAUGCGUUUUAUAAAAUUGUAUUCUUAUCGAUACCUAACCUCUUUUUAAGAAAUAUCAUUAGUUAAAACAGAAUUAGAUUCUAAUGAAUGAUCAAAAUUCGUUGAUUUCCAUCUCAUCCAUGAAUUGAAAGAAGUAAUAGUUAUGAAAAUAUCUAUAUAUAAGUAUCAUGAUUGUUAUAUCUCCUUUAAACGGUAAACAACUUUCAAGUUAAUAAAACUCUAAGAAUAUUUCUUUCUGUGAUUUGAACAACAAUAACAAUCAUUUUGAGAUAUAUGUAGAUUUUACAGAAAAAAUAUUAUAACUAUGUGUUCAAAUUAAUUAUAAAUAAGAAAGUGAUUUUACGAAAAAAAAAGAACGUAAAACAAAGCAAAUGAGCUAAAAAAAGUAUUACGAUGUAGUGCGCGUGUAUAGAUAAUAGUCAAAUAAUAUUGAAGAAUAUUUAGAAGAAAAACCUAUAAACAGAAACAAACAUCGAUUUUAAUCGAUUGUAUGCAUCGCGUGUACAAUGUGUCAAUGUGUUAAGUGUGUGUUUAAGGUUAGAUCAUUCGUGAUGAACCACGUACGGAUAUAUAUUUAUAUGGCGCGAAUUUCAAACAUGUGUAUAAGAAUAGAUGAGAACUUGGUAACAGUGGGAUGUAGAGGACGCUCUCUCGUGGUGGGUAUACCAAAUGCCAGUGUCAAUAUGGCCGUUGCCGAGAGCGCAGUAUGUGGAAAGACGUGGUCGCGAUAGUUUGUUCGAUCUCUAAUAUGAGGUACGCUUCGGUAGGCAAAAACGUUUAUACGUAAUAUUAAUACGUUAUUGAAAUCUUAACAAAAUGAAUUGUGUUGUGGAAGAGCGGAUAAAUAACAUACAAAGCGAAAAUGCUCUAAUACAAGAUACCAAAAAGGAAAUGAUUAAAAACAGUGGAAAAUUAAAAUUGAACAAUGAUGAAUCAAAACUAUCUAUUAUUGAAUUAUUUCCAUGGAUAUUAGAAUUUAGAAAAAUGUGUAAAUGUAUACAUACAGAAAAAAGUAUGGCAUCUUUAAAAGAACUUAUGAAAUUUUAUUUAAGAAAUAUAAGUGUCAGUGUAAAUGAGUGUUACACAAGGCCUUUGAGAGCUGGAAAAUUAAAAGAUUUUAUUAGUGAUUCUUUAAUGUUAUUCUUAUAUAUUUAUCGUGAACUUUCUAAGGAUUGUGAUAGGUUCAGUUAUUUAAAUAUUAUGUCAGAUUUAUUAGCAUUCUAUAUAGAUAUGGAAUUAAAAGCAUCUAGAAAAAGCAGAGAGGAUCAUGAUAAAAUUUGUGCAAGGAUUACUUCUUGUCUAUAUGUUUAUCUAGAACAUUCCAUGGAUUAUUUAUUAGAUACAUUGAUGAAAAUACAAUUUAUGUGUCGCAGUUAUCAUCAUAUUUUAGAUCCAAUUAUGACGAAAAUAAUAAAAAGUAUUCCCAUACAUCCAGAAUCAGAUAUAAUGUAUAUCCGUUACUUUUUUAUUUAUCGUUUAUGGAGAAAAAUAAAUGAGAAUGUAGCUGUAAAAAAUCAAAUAACAACUGCAGCAAUUGCAUCUCUGGGGCCAUUGCCAUUAACAUUUUCAUCAAGUAUAUUAGAAGAUGUAUUGCCAAAAGUGCCAAAGAGUCAACCAAAUUCUACAAAGUCUCUUCUACAACAAAAAUUUGAUAUAAAGAAACAUUGUGUAAUGUUUACACAAUAUUGCAAAGAAAACAAUGGAAAUGUAUACCAGAAGGACGGACCUGCAACUCCCAUUGAUUCGUCCAGUAGAAUUAAUUCAAAAAUGGUAUUUAUAUAUCCGGAAGAUAUCGUUAAGGAAGAUGUAGAAUAUAUAGAUAAUAACAUAAAUUCAAUUAUUUCAAAUAAAAAUAAACAAAAUGAAUCUAUUUCUUUGCUAAAAACUUUUAAAUCUCUAAAUUUGGAAAAACAAACUAGUUUUAAAUGUUUAGGUACGUUUUCGAAUAAUAUUUCUACAAAGCAUGUUAAUUCUAAAACAAUGAAAUCAAACAAAAAUCGUUUGCGGAGAAAAUGUAAAAAGACCAAUGAGAUUGUACUUAUUGACUUAACUAGCGAUGUAGUGCUUGAAAAAUGUAUAAAGAAAAGGAAAUCUAGAAAAUUAGCAUGGUUAGAAGAGGCAAAGAAGAACAUCGAUUCGAAGAUAACAGCAUCACAGAAGAAACAAAAGCAAAAAAGUAAUAUUUCACGAAGUGUUAGUCAUCAAUUGGAAGAAUCAUCUCAAUUAGUAGAUGCCACAGAAAAUCUCAUUAAAAAACAAGAAUCUAACCAGAUGGUUAUUGAUGUUAAAAAUAGCGAAAAUAAUAAAAAAUUGAUAGCUUGUACAGAAAACAUAACAAAAUCAAUCGAUAUAGAAGUCAAUACUAAAAAAACACAAAUUAAAACAUCUACAAUAACCAAUAAAGCAGUUUUGACUGAGAUACUCUCAUUAAAAAAACAAGUAUCAAAAGUUUCAAAUAGCAUUGUUAAUAGUAAUUGUUUAAGUAACAAAGAUAAUUCGAAUAUACAAAAUGAAGAAAAGAAAGACGAUAGAUUUAAUAAACAAACUGUGAUCAAGCGACUGGUAGAAACAGAUGAUUUCUCAGAACCUGAAACAUGCGAAAAACUUGAAAGUUUUAAAAAAGUCUGUGAUCUAGAAACAGAAUGCCCAGAUGUAAAUAGUAUCACAAUAUGUACUCCAUAUAAUUCCAAAGAUAAUGCCGUUAAUUCUAAUCAUUCUAACUUCAAUGUAAUUAAUAAUGAAAUAACCGAUAAGAUAACAUUAUCGAGAAAUACAGAAAAAAGUAAUCAAAAUAUCCCGAAUAACAAAACAUUAGAUGUUUGUUUUAAUAAAACAAUUCUUGAAUCUGAUUCUAAUAAGAUAUUUAAUUCUGAAGUUAGAUGUGAAGAAUUAAUUACGGCACAAAAUAAUAAAACUGAAACUAUUUCUACUGAAACAAUAAAGAACAUUGAAGCAUCUUCUGUUAAAAGUUUAGUAAAUUAUAAGGAAAAGCAAGAGUCAUCACAUGUGUUUGUCAAAAUUUCAACAAUGCAAGAAAAGUCUGAAUCACAAAUAGAAUCGAAAUCGUCAAAAUGUACAAACAAAGUAAAAAAUGAAUUCUGCCCGCGAACAGAAUUAGAAAUUUGUAAAGAAAUAAACAAGAAUAUAAAAGAAGAUAAAUCAAGCAUCGCUAAUAUCAGAGAAUCUAUUUUCGAAUCUUAUUCUAUGGAUAAGAAAAAUAUUUCUAAUACAAAUAAUGCAACGUGCCCAAAUGAAAAUAUUGAGAAUAAUAAAAAUUCUUGUAUCGAUACAAACUUUAAGAGAUGUAUAGAUGAUAUAAUAGAAAACAAGUGCGAUGAUAAGUUUGGAAAAUGUACUAAUAAGGAUGAUAUUUCUUGCGAAUCUAACGAAAUAUCUUCUGUGUCAUCGGAAAUAGAGACAAAAAAAUGUAGUAAAAUAAUAGAAGAAAAAAAUGUGAAUAAUGUUGCCAAAAAUAAAUACAUCACUCAAGAAUUACAAGACAAUAUCGAUGGUUUAUCGUUGUUGGCUAGUGUUUCGCAACAUAUACCCCAUUUAAAGCCUGAAUCUGAUAUAAAAUGUGAUCAAAUAAAAGUAAAAGAUUACGCAUCUUUGAGAUAUGCAUGUUAUAAUCAAAUUACUGACGAUGAGGCAGAUACAAAUGAUUCGUCAAACACUGUUUCUCAAUUGCUCGAAAAUCCAUCCACAGAAAUUAUCAAUAGAAUUGUCGGCAUUUAUCCUGAGGAUGCCUUAGAUGUUGCACUUCAUGUAGAAGUAACAUCUAAUGAAACAAAUAAUGGAAAUAAUGAUAGCGAAUUAUGUAAAGUCAUAUUUCAACCGGAAACAAAUCUAAAUUAUGACACAGAUACAUUAACACAUAAUUUAACUCCUAUAGAAAAUAAUGUGCAAACUGUGAAAGAAAAUACAAAUGUAAUAUUAAACGGAGAAACUGUAGUUUUACUGCAAAAAUCUCCUAAUAGUAAUCUUUACAUUAUAAACAAAGCAGUUGAAAAUUCUAAAGAUCACAAUAAUGAUGAAGAAAACAAUAGAUUAAAGGAAAAAAAUUGGAUAUCUCAAACUGAAGAUUGUGGACAAUUUGAAACUCUAUCUUCUUUAGAUCAUGUAUCGUGUAAUUUGGAUUUAACUCCUUAUCAAGAGAACAAGUGUUCCAUAGUGCGAGGUAAAGGAAUAAAAAUAGAAUGGGAAGAUAAUUUUUCAGAUAUGAAAACAUAUUCCACGAAGUUAUCAACUGACAUGCUCUCUAUAAAUUCACAAAUAUAUCAGGAUAUAAAUAUUAUGAAUAAAUCGAUAGAUAAGAGGAAAUCAAAUUCUACUUUUCGGCAAAAUAUCAAGCAAGAGUUCAAUAUCUCCAAUCACAUAGCAUCGAAUUGUGCAAUUCCAGGAUUCAGUGGAAUUCACUCGCAUCCACGAGAAGUUGAUAGUCAACACCCCUUACAUAUUCCCGCUACUCAUCCAACGACGUUACCAGCGAUUUAUGGAAAUUGUGCUGACAACACGGAAUUGUGUGUACCAUAUCAUAAACAUUGCACUUCGGUAUCGUGUAAUUUGCAAAUUAAUGCUACUUCUUCUCUUUAUUCGCAUGCGAAAUCGGGCAAUCCGUGUGGAAGAUCGCAUUGUUCUUGUUUAAAUUGCACUUAUGAUAUCGUUGCCCAUUGCAGACAAUGUAUGCACCCGGCAUCGGAUUCUCAUGUGUCUUGUAUCGAAAGUAGUCCGUAUUUCUUGUCAACGCACUCUUCAGUACAAAGCCCUGCCGUCCAAGAACAUGACAGAGCAAAGAAUGAAGUCAUAGAAAAAUUAUACGACGAUCAAUUAUUGUGUAAGAUAGAGAAGAAUCUUUUGCAAAAUAAUUCAUUGGAAAAAGUGGAAGUACAAUGUGAUUCUGAAAGGAUAUUUGAUAAAGCUGCAGAAAAUAAAUUACCUUUGAAGAAAAGGCUAAAAGCGCAUGCAAUGGCAUAUGGUGAAGUACAGAUAAAAACAAAAAAUAUAGACAAUUAUCCUGCUAUGCCUAUGAUGUCCAUAGCUGCUUUAGAAGCAUUGGACAAUACGCGAAAAGGAUCCGAUCAAAUCGUUAAAUCUGAAUACGAAGUAUCUGUUACUAAAAAAGAAGAAUCACAUAAUGACUAUCAUUGUAGUUCAAAUUUGAUAAGAAGAAAUUAUUAUAAGGAUAUGCAUGUUGCUAAUUCACAUCAGAAUCUCGCAAAAGAAAAUACAAGAAAGAUCGAAUGUCAAUUUCGAUCGACAAAUAAUCAGACUGAUAAUACGAUAUGUCAGGAAUCUUGUCUUCAGAGGACAGUUAAAACAUCUGCGCAACGGAAAGAGAUCAAUCUGUCAGACGUAGCAUCUUUGAAGCAAUUUGAGAUAGAACCAAUGGAACAAGAAGGAACGUACAAAAAGAUAAAGAAAACACAGUCGUCUCUACGACAAACAAGAAGCUCAAAACGAAACGUUCCUAAAGUAAAUUAUUCUUACACCGAUGUUGAUCCAGAAUGGAAUCCGUCCGGUGAGUCAAAACGCAAACGUAAAAAGACUAGUCGAUGAUCGAUAUCGCCUCAUUAUGAAAAUUCGUUACCGUAAGAAAUUUUUCUGAAAUUUAAAUGAAUGAGUGAACAUUAAUCUUAUAAGACUGUGGCAUCGUAAACUUGUAUAUAUUGUAUAAAUGGGAAGAUAUAUCAUCUCGAGAAAAUAUUUGCAUAUUGGCGAUAGUACUGGCAUAGUACAACACCCGAAGAUUAACAAAUUAGCGUAAUUUUUCGAAGAGUUUCAAGCAACAAUAAAAGAUGUAUAGAUUUUGCAGAUCGUACCUGUAUUUUGUUGAACAUAGACAAUUUGGUACUAAAAUGAUAAGAUAUUCUUUAAUGUUUAUAAUUUGCUUUGUAUAAAGCUAUGCAGUAUUAUAUUACAUUUUAUCAGAUUUUGAUGACUAAUUAAUUUCGAUAGAAUCCUAAUAAUUUUAAUUAGACUGAGUAUGAUAGAUAUCGUAUAGAAUGCAAAAUUUCAUCGUUUAUAGAGCAAUUAAAAUGUUUUAUAUAUUCAGAUAAAAAAACUACUUUUGUACAUAAUUAUAUAAAUGUAAUAUAGUAAUUUAAAAUAAUUUUAUGCAAACGUUUCAAUUUUAUAACUCUUAUAUAUGGAAGGUGAGAUAAUUUAUCCUUAACAAAUAAUUUUAAAUAUAUUAUUAUGCUACAUAAAAAUAAUAGAUAAAUGAUAUAAUACAAUUUUAUGUAGCAAAAUACGAUUUAGUUUAUUAUUUCAUAUUCAUAUAUAAUUUUUUUUUCUAAUAUUUUACAUUUUUCAGUUUAAUGACAUAAAAUUAUUUAAAUUCAGCGAAAUAAGAAAUCCAGGCUGAUGACAUUAUAAUUUACUAAAAAAAUGUUAAUAGAUUAAUUAUUUCCUCAUACUGGAAAAUUUCAAGGAAAUGCUUAAUUCCAAAAUGUGAUGUCAAUAAAUUUGCCAAAUAACAUAGAAGUAAUAGUACCAUCAUACAAGAAUAGAAUAUAAAAUAUUAACUUCCUUUAAACUUUUAAUCUGUCCUCUUAAUACAUAUAAUAUUAUUUGUUAUAAAUAUACUCUUAGAUAUCACAAUGCAAGUAGCAUAGCUAGUCAUCAAUUUUUAUGAAAUAAUGUCAUCAUUUUUAAUUAUGAAUUAAAUUUAAUAUUUUGAUUUAUAUAAAAUAGAAAUUCAACUAACAUAUAUUCAAAAUUUUCAGUUUGAAAGUGGAAACAUCACAUAAAAUUAAAAAGAUGUACUUAGAUUUUAUAUAUGUACCAAAAUGAUAGAGCUUUAUCACAUAAAAAAUCAUUCGAUAUAAUAUCCAAAUUUAUAAUGUAAAUUUAUAAUUUAUAUUUUAAAAAUGUUCAACUUUAACAUAUAUUCUUAAAAAUUAUUUUUUUUUUUGCAAAUCAAAAUAAAAAGUACAGGAUAAUUCUUGCUAGAAGAUUCAAAGGCCAUGCUAACUUUAUUUUUGUUCCAUAUAUAUAUAUAUAUAUAUAUAUAUGGUUCCAUACAUAUAUAUAUAUAUAUAUAUACAUAGAAUAUACAUAUUACAUUAGCCUUUUAUAACAUUGAAAAAAACAUAGUGAAGAUCAAUAACUAUAUCACAUAUAUAAGCAAUAUAAUAUUAUUAUGACAUUGACUCCUUUAAAUAAUAAAUCCUUUGAGUUCUCUAAUAAAGAAUCAUCCCAUAUAUUUGAAAAUUCGAAUAAUGAAAAAAUUCUAUUGAUUAAUCAUAAUUAGAAAGAUAAAGCAAUAAUUUAAAAAAAUUUUCAGUUUUCUUUUCAAAUUGAUAUUUCUUGAUAUUUAUAUAUACUUAAUAAUUAUAUUCAGUCAUUAAUUAUUCAAAUUACAAAAUCAUUUGCAUAUUUCAGUGCCAUAUUCUAAUGUUUUGAUAUUUAUAUCUGUGAUUAUUAACUAACUAAUGCUAAAUUAAUUACAUCAUUUUAUUAUAGAAAAAACAUGUAUUAAGUUGGAUAUUUUGUCAUUUCAAUCUCACUCAUUUAAUUUCCAUUUGAUAAUGAUAAAUAUAUUAUUUAUGUUUCUUAUGAAAAUGAAUAUAAGUAAAAUAUAUUAUUUUUGCAACUUUAUAAUUGCAAAAAUUUACAAUAUUGAAUUCACGUUGCAAAUGAAAAAUAUAAAAAGACAAAUUUUUGUUUUUGCUUCUUUAUCAUCAUUAUUUAUUUUUUAAUUUUCAAAAAGAAGUCUGAUAGUUUUAAGUUGAAGUAAUAUAAAUAAAUUUUUAAUUUGAUAGUCGAUAUUAUAUAUAUAUAUAGUUAAAUAAUUGCCAAAUUAUUGCAAAAUUUUCAUGUGUGCACAUGAAUGUAUGAAUAGUUUGUUAUUGACAAAAUUAUCUUAUGCGUGAAGCAUUUAUUAAGGAAAGUCUGAUAUCUUAAGAUACAAUUUAGAGUAACAUUACAUCGGAUGCCUCAUUCAUUCGUGUUCAUAAAAAAAUUAAGUACUGUAUAUGUGUAGAACAUUCUGUCAUAAUCUCGAAUAAACUUGUAUUUACCUAUAUUUGUAAAUUAUAUGCAUUAUGCAAUGCAUAGACUGGGUUUUUUGAGAAAAAUGAUAUAAACACAUUUACCUCAUAUUUACGUCCCCAGCGUAAAUUUUUUACGUUUACGAUUAGGGUUAGACGUAGUUUGUAACAGGGUACUUGUUUAAAUAUUUUUUUAAUAUCUUUAUAUUUAAUUAUUUUUAGUUUAACACAUGGAAUCAUAUCUCUAUGUGAUUUUUAUUUCAUUUAUAAUAAUACUUAUCUGUAUGCAAGGAUACAUUUUGUAAAGUGCGUUUUUAAUAUACUUAUUUUAUAUUUCAUUAAAAA